CACACUCACCUUCCUCACUCAAUUCUUACCUUACCUCACACCUCACACCAAACAAAAUCACACUUACACAAGCCCCCAACAUGACAGACCUCCACCAAAUCCCCCACACCUCCCUCUCCGCCUGCGUGCACCGCAUCCUCACAGCCAACGGCGUCUCCGCCGCCGACGCCACCACCAUCGCCGACUGCCUGAUCGCGGCGGACCUCCGGGGCGUCGACACGCACGGCAGCAACCGGAUCCCGAGCUACAUGGCGCGGAUCCGACAGGGGGUGCUGGACCCGCGCGCGGUGCCCACUCUCACCCAGACCACGCCCGUCGUGGCGCAGGUCGACGGGCACAACGCGUUCGGGUUCGUGUCCGCGCACCUGGCCAUGACGCGGGCCAUCGCGAUGGCCCAGGAGUUCGGGGUGGGCCUCGUCUCCGUGAAGCACAGCAACCACUUCGGCAUGUCGGCGUGGCUGGUGCAGCAGGCCGUCGACGCGGGGCUGAUGAGCCUGGUGUUCACCAACUCCUCGCCCGCCCUGCCCGCCUGGGGCAGCCGCGAGAAACUCCUGGGCGUCAGCCCGAUCGCGUGCGGCGCGCCCGCCGGCGCCGCGCCGCCCUUCAUCCUCGACAUGGCGCCCAGCGUCGCGGCGCGCGGCAAGAUCUACAAGGCCCUGCGCCGCGGGGAGCCCAUCCCGGCGGACUGGGCGCUGGAUGCCGAGGGCCACCGCACCACGGAUCCCGCCCGGGCCCUGGAGGGCGUCAUGUUGCCCAUGGGCGGGCCCAAGGGCUCCGCGCUCGCCAUCAUGAUGGAUGUGUUCUCCGGCGUGUUCUCGGGCAGUGCGUUUGCCGGCCAUGUCACGGGCCCCUAUGACCCGACCCGUGCGGCGGAUGUGGGGCAUUUCAUUGUCGCCGUCAAGCCGGAUUUGUUUCUGGGGUUGGACGAGUUCAAGGCGCGGAUGGAUUAUCUGUAUCAGCGGGUGGUGGGCGGGGAGAAGAUGCAGGGCGUCGAGCGGAUUUACUAUCCGGGCGAGAUUGAGUGGGAGAUGCGUGAGCGGCGGUUGGCCGAGGGGAUUCCGUUGGCGGCGGCGGAGAUUGAGGCGCUGAACCGCGAGGCGGAGUUGGUCGGGGUCGAGGGGUUGACGGUGCAGUCCCCUGCCAGACCCCAAGCCCCCACCACCUCCAUGCGCCAAUCGCGCGUCGAGACGGAAUCCGCAUUCGUGAUCGUCUGA